UCUGGGCAAAGUGCUGAGGAAAAUGGGGCUGAUACUCACCAAUGAGGAGCAAAAGAAGCUGCUGGAAACUCUGCCCACUAACAGUGGUGGAAAGAUAUAUAAGAAUGGAUUGCUAAAAGGUGUGAAAGCCCUUACUGGACCAUGAGUCAAAAUCAAAAAAGUGGAAUCUCUUUUGGAAAACAUGGGAAUUAAAAUCAAAGAUGAAGAACUUUGGGAACUAAUGACUGAACUAUCAACUGAUGAUAAUGGAACAGUUGAUCUGAAUGAUCUGAUGGAUAUAGUCAGUUAUGUCAAGGGAGAGGUGAUUGAUGUCGAGAACUUAGACAACCUUUUAGCAAGUGAGGGGAUUGAGCUCACCGAAGGAGAAAUGAAGUAUCUGAUGCCUCUCUUGACAUUUAAUGGAAAUGGGAAGGUUAUCGUGAAUUCAAUAAUGGAGGGCCUGAAGAAGUUUAGACACGGAGUCACUGGCCAAAUGGCAGUUUCAGAAGUUAAUCCAAAAUUUAAGCUAAAUCCUUUAAAAGUACCUGGGUUCCACAGCAAGAGGGAUAAUAAUUUACCAGAACAUCUUCAACACAAAGAAAAGUUGAGCCCUUCACAAAUAGAAGCCUUCCAUCAUGCCUACGACUUCUUCAGCAAGGAUAAAACUGGCUGUAUUGAUUUACAUGGAAUGAUGUGCACUUUAGCUAAAUUGGGAAUGAAUGUAACCAAGCAUGAUAUCUAUAAUGAAUUAAAAUGUGCUGAUAUUGAUCGAGACGGGAAGGUGAACUUCUCUGACUUCAUAAAGGUGCUAACAGAUAAGAACCGCUUCCUCAAAGCUGUAGUUCCAGAAAAGGAAACCUAUUUAGAUUUAACUGACAACCCGGGGAUCCUAUUAUUUGAAAUCCUAUCAAAGCUUGUAGAGACUUCAGCCCUACCCAGAAAGGCUAUAAUGGAAAUAGUAAGCUAUUUCCGAAGAAAAUUCCAGGAGGCCAGUGGAGAAAUAUUGUGGAAUCCCCAUUCUAGGGAAUAUGGAAAAAGGAGAUUUAUGCCAGAUAUAUGCACACCUCCAAGCUCAAGCACCGCUGCCUUUGCUAAUGCUGCUCAGGUUGCAAUAAUGAAAGAAAAGGAUUUAUUUAAAUUUCUUGAAGAGCUCAAAAGAUGCAAUUUCCAUUCAGAUAGCCCAUAUUCAAAAAUACCCAUCUUUCCAUUGUUUCCUAAUGUGGAUGGGGUGGUGAUGGGAAAGCCAUUCAGAGACACACAAAAAUUAGAAAUGCUAAGGAGAAAGGAGCCUCUGAAUUUCUUUGAGGACUAUUUUUUCCAUAAAAGAGACUGGAAAACACAGGCAGCAAACAUAAAGCCUGUGAACAUUUCUUCAAACUAUUCAGAUGACAUCCUUGCCAUCAAUCAAAUACUCAAGAAAAAGCACAGAUGGACAGUGGCUGAUGCAGCUGCUAUUAAACAGCACGUAAAGAGAGCUACAGAAAACUAUAAUUUAGGAGUUGCCCUUGCACAUCGGAAAGAAAUGUUAAAUCUCUGGCAGAAGGUACGAGGGGAUCUGAUUGGAAUAGACACUAACAAUGAGUCCUUUUAUGACACCUUUUCUACUUAUACAUGGUCCUGGAAUGUUUGCCAAGAAUUACUUUCUCCUAAGGACUUACGGUUAUAUGAUGCCUACACCAAUAAAAAUUUCCCACUUAACUCCGGAUUCUCUUCCGCAUCGGAUGUCAGUGAAUGUGACAGAGAGACAGGAAGAAAAAGAAAACGGAAAGGUUUUAGAGUGUUUCAACAAUGAAAUUUCUACAUUUCCUAAACAACUCAUCAAAAACUACUUUUUCAGUUAUCAAAAUUAUGAUUUCUUGCUUUUGUCUAGUACAUUCUUAGCAGCUGGAAAUUUUGCCAUCUUUUGGAUUCUGACCAGUAAAAAUCUGUAAGUCAUAAAAUGGUUUCCUUUCCUAAAUCUUUGAUAAGUAGAUGCCACAGUUAGUUCCAGCUACACUCUGCUGCCCCCACCUGGCAUAAAACUGCCAGGGCCUCAGCAGGAAAGUUCAAAAAACAGGUAAGCAUCUGAGUGACUAAUUAUAAAAGGGAACUAGUUUUUUUUUAAUUGCUUUUAUUUUUAAAAUACA